AUGGCAAAAGGGCACAAUGCUGCUGCUGAGGGCCCCAAACGGGGGGGCCCCAACAGCAGCCACAGGGGCCCCUGGAGGCCCCUAGGGGCCCCUAAGGGCAGCCGCGGGCCCCACAAAAAGGGCCAGCAGCAGCAGCAGCAGCAGCAGCAGCAGUUGCUGCAGCAGCAAAGGAAGAGGAAGGCGCAGCAAGAGAGCAGCAGUGGCGGCGACAGCAGCGCCGAAGAGGAGUUCCCAAGAGGUUCAGCAGCAGCAGCAGCAGCAGCAGCAUCAACAGCAGACAGCGGCAGCAGCAGCAGCAGCAGCAGCAGCAGCAGCGGGGUUUCUUCAGCUGACAGCAGCGAGGAGCUGCGCUGCAGCAGCGACAGCGAAAUAGAAAGUGAAGAUGCGGGGGUUUAUGAAGAAGACCUAGAGGGGCCCCCGGGGCCCCUGGGGGCCCCCCGGGGGGGCCCCCCUGGGGGCCCCCUGGGGGGCCCCCUGGGGGGCCCCCUGGGGGCCCCCCAAGAUGGGUUUCAAGAGGCCUUGGGGAAGCAGCUGCAGCAAAAGCAUCCGGAGUUUUUGGACUUUGUUUUAGCUGCUUCUGAAAAGGGCCACGGGGAGAGCAGCAGCAGCAGCAGCAGCAGCGGGGAGGAGUCUGCUGCAGCAGCAGAGAGCAGCGACGAAGCUGAAGACGCCCCGCAGCAGCAGCAGCAGCGGCAGCAGCAGCAGCAGCAGCAGCAGCAGCAGCAGCAGAAAAGGAUGCUGACGCAAGAACGGUUUCUGGGCAUCUGCAAGGCAGUGGGCAUAGACCCUCUCAGCAAGCCGGCAGCAGCAGCAACGCAGCAGCAGCAGCAGCAGCAGCAGCAGCAGCAGCAGCAGCAGCAGCUGGGGACCCUUCGGGGGGCCAAGCUGCUGCUGGAGGCGCUGCACUCCGCUGUGCUGCAGCUGGCGCCGAAGCAGCAGAACAAAGCAGCAGCAGCAGCAGCAGCAGUAGCAGCAGCAGCAAAUGCAGGAGAGCGCAGCAAAUUCAAAGCUGCGAAGCAGCUGCAGCUGGACGAGGACGGCGCAGCGCAGCAGCAGCAGCGCAGCAAAGCGGCCCUCAAGCAGCUGCAGCAGCAGCAGCAGCAGCAGCAGCAGAAGCAGCGCAAAGGCUUAUUUGUUCUGCCAGAUGCAGAAACUUGUUCAUUUGUGAUUCUUGCUGUUGUGCGAGCAGCAGAUCAUUUGUUUACGGGCCUUGCUUGCCGCAGCAGCAGCAGCAGCAGCAGCAGCAGCGCAGCAGCAGCAGCAGCAGCAGCAGCUGCUGCUGCGCCUGAGGUGACCGGAAGCCUGCGCUGGCUGGUCAAAGGUUUCUGGGGGGACAUAACCCAUUUGCUGCUGACGAUGCGGCAGGCAGCAGCAGCAGCAGCAGCAGCAGCAGCAGGCAGCAGGGAACUGGUGCUGCAGCUGCUGCUGGCCAUCAGCAGCAAACAGCUGCUGCGGUGGGGCCUCGCGCAGGAAGCAGCAGCAAGGCGGCUGCUGCAGGUGGUUUGCCGCUGCUGGGCCUUUUCGCAGGAGCCGCAGCAGCAGCUAGCAGCAUUUGCUGUGCUGCGGAGCACGCUGCUGCUGCAGCAGCAGCAGCAGCAGCAGCAGCAGGCAGCAGGUGCAGCGAAGGGCGCUGCGAAGGGCCGGAAGGGCGGCGGGGGCGCAGCAGCAGCAGCAGCAGCAGCAGCAGCUGUUGCUGCGGAGCUGAAGGAGCAGCAGCUGCUGCAGCAGCUGCUGCGGUCCUACCAAAGAGCUGCAGCAAGACUGGGGCUGCGGCGAACUUGGAGAGCAGCAAAUCGCAUGCAGCUGCUGCUGAAUGAAAUGAAAGAGCUGCUGUCAUUAGCAGCAGCUUCUACAGCUUACAGAGUUGCCUACCAGUCCAUUCGAGAGUUGGCUCUGACGGUCCGCAGCGCCGUGGCAGCGGGAGGCGCAGCAGCCCCUGCUGCAGCAAACAGCAGCAGCAGCAGCAGCAGCAGCAGCAAGAAGGCGGGAAGCAGCAGCAAAGCAGCACACCGCAAAAGACACCGGCAGCAGCAAGUGCAUGCGCUGCUGUUCAGCUGGUCUUUUGUGCAGAGCUGCGGGUUGUGGGGAAGUUCCAUUUUGCUGCAGCAGGGGCGUUUGCUGCCGCUGCUGCUGCCUCUCGUGUCAGUUGCUGCUGCUGCAGUCAAGCUGCAGCAGCAGCAGCUCGCCAGCGCCCCCUUUUGCCUCAACCUCCUGGACAUUCUUGCAAAGGCAGGAGCAGCAGCAGAUGCUCUUGUGCCUGUUGCUUCUUCUCUUGCUGCUGUGCUGCAGCUGCUGCUGCAGCAGCACGCAGCAGUCUGCAGGCGCGGCAGCAGCGCCGCUGCAGCAGCAGCAGCAGCAGCAGCGCCGCAGCGCAACAAAAGGAAGGGAGCAGCAGCAAAAACUGGCGCUGCUGCACCUCAGCAGCUCAGGCUGCAGCUUGCUGCUACGGCGCAUGCAGAGACUUGCCUCAAGAUUGACCAUGCGCAGCAGAACUCAAUCCAUUGCUGCUGCUGCUGCUGCUGCAGGCGCUGGAGUCCCUGGUGGACUUCGGCACUUACGUGCUGGCGGGCCAUUUGGCGCAGCUUGCUGCGCAUCCCGCGCUGCCGGAGUUGCUGCUGCCAAUUUUCCAAGAAGCUGCAGCAGCUGUCUUCAGCAGCAGCAACAAGCGCAGAAACAGUAAAGCGGCUGCGGCUGUCUCUCACUGAUUUGCCUGUCGGUCGAGUUGCUGUUCUUCCAAUAGAGAAGGAGCGGCAGCAGCUGCCCAUUUUGGCCUUCUACGAAAGACUAGUUAAGGAGAGGCAGCAGGCGAUGGCCGAUGGCAUUAAAGAUGAAGCAGCAGCAGCAGAACACCGCAAGAAGAAGGCAAUUGAAGAAACGCUAAGUGCGAAGCAGCUGAAGAGGCGCAGACAAAAGGAGAAGAAAAGGGCAGAGCUGGAGCAGCAGCAGCAGCAGCAGCAGCAGCAACAGCAGCAGCAGCAGCAGCACACUGACCACGAGGGCCCCAGAAAGAAACGAAAGGAGACAAGCAACGCACUGGAGGCAAAGACGCAGCCAGCAGCAGUAGCUGCAGCAGAGGAUGCCCUGGAGGCGUUCGACAGCGACUUCAGCGACGAGUGA